AAAUUGCAUUUUGCAUUUGCGCAGUUCUAUUGUGAUAAAAAUCGAUUCAUUUACAUGAAAAGCAGUUUCAUCUGAGUUUAUGUGCAAAUAACAACGCUUACAAGAUGAGUGCUACACUCGUAAAUAUAGCGGAAGAAGAUUACUUCGGUUUAGUGGUCCGAUGCGGAUUGUACGGGGCAGCUAUCUUCCAGUUGAUAUGUUUGGCUUCUUGCAUCGUAGCGCCGGAUGCAUCAGGAACCGUUGACGGGCCAAAUGGAUUGAAGGGUAACGACAGUGACGACUCCUGUUCGGAACAUUCGUCGCCUCAGAAUACCCCCAGACGUCCGUAUCAUCGCAGCCGAAAACAAGACAAGAAAAAGAGACGCUGAACAGCGGCCACCACCAAUGACAUCUUUGUUCCAGCAUAAGUGUUUCGUUUCGUAAGUUUGAAAAAGUCUGAGUUAUUUUGUACUAUUGUUUAGAAUUAAAAUACAAGCCUAUGUUUUAUUGUCCUUAGGACACAGGAAAUGCCGCAUUUACUUUUACUAAAUGCUUCGUGGUUGAAUGAAUGAUGUUUUGUUAUCAAAAAAAUACAUGUCGCCCUCGGCAAUCAUGAAAAUUACUUAAAAUUUUAUCUUAUUUAUGGACUUAUAUCGGAAAAAGUAUUAUUCAUAAAAUAAGCAUUGUUCUACGGUUUUCCACAAAUCCAACUAUAUUUUUUUCUUAGAAAAUUUUGCACUAACACCGCUUAUAAUAGCACGAUAGUAAACAAUAAAAGUAUCAUCCACCAACAAGAAAAAAAGGAACGCAAAAUAACAAUACUUAUAUUAAACAAUCUUCGAAUGA